AGUGCACAGGGGAGCAGGGGUGCUAACCCCCGGGGGGUGAGGGAGACAGGGACGGAGGAGAAAGUGAAGACCACCCGUCCCCAGGACAAAUGGAACGCCUUCCAAAAUAUUGGAACUCGGCAGUGACACGGGAUGGGCGGAUCUUCUUCAUAGAUGAUUUAACUUGUUCGACCACCUGGAUAGAUCCCAGAUCCGGACAGGGAUUUCGAACUGGACACAGGCGCCGUCCAGAUCUGCCUCGUGGCUGGGAACAAGCUUUCACUUUUGAAGGUGCAACAUAUUUCAUCAACCACAAUGACAGAACAACCACCUUCCAGGACCCAGUGACAGGGAUUGUGCCUAUUGAGAACUGCAUCUUCAAACUGGAAGACAAGCCACUGCCUAACAUGUCAAACCGGGCAGGAAGUGUGCGAGGUGAAGGAGGAGGUGGGCAGCGUCCAACCAGCAUUGCCAGUGAGAUGUCCAAUCACACCUUGGUUUCAGAAACCUCUCAGGAACAGGCAGUCAGGACUUCCAGGUCGUCAAAGAAAAAUGCUGCCUUUGGCAAAAGGUCAAACUCAAUGAAGAGGAAUCCGAAAGCCAAUGUCCUAAAGAGUGGCUGGUUGUUUAAGCAGGCAAGUUCAGGAGUGAAGUCCUGGAACAAGCGCUGGUUUGUGCUGGCAGAUCGCUGCCUCUUCUAUUACCGAGAUGAGAAAGAGGAGGCAGUUCUGGCGAGCAUCCCAUUGUUCAGCUUCCGAAUAAGCCCCGUUCAACCUUCGGACAACAUCAGCCGCAAGCACGCCUUCAAGCUGAUUGUAAGCAGACAGCCAGAGGUUUUUCACAAUAAUGACCGCUCCAUUAAUUAUCAGGCUGAACAUGCAGGUAUCCGGACUUACUACUUGAGUGCAGAGAAUAAGACGGAGAUGGAGGACUGGAUCAAUGCGAUGAACGAAGCAGCGAGCAUACAGGCCGUGCCAUUGAACAGCACUGGGAUGAAGUAUGAAAUAAAAUCUACUUUGGAACUGAACCACACAAGUAAUCAUAAACAACUGAUUAAACCCGACUCAGAUCGGGUUCAAAGUGAAAUGGACGGGUUCGAAAGAUGCGAUAGGAAGAGUGAGCAGAAGGACUCGAGCAACGAGCCAACAGCCAAGGUCAAUGGUGUGAUGGUACAGGAAGUGCCUUUUGACACCAAUAGCCCUGGUCCAGAGCUGAGAACUCAGCCAGGGCACGAGAGGCCUGUGCAACCCAAUGGGCACAACUGGCAACACGCUUCCCCUGGUAGACCCAGCGAGGAGUACUUACAACAGGACGGGAUGAAUACAGUGCAUCGAAGGGGCUUUGUCCCACGUACUAACACUGAGAAAAUGGCACAACGUCAAUCCUCGUUGACUCAAUUGCAACAGUGGGUUAACAUGCGCAGAUCCGCACUCCCACAGGACGAACUGAGGAGCUCUCAGGUAUAUCACACGCCAACCAGAGAUGUGCCAGAGUAUUAUAGACUGCUAUCGCCCUAUUACCAAGAUGAGUACCCGCAGUUUUUACAACCUGGUACACGGCCGGACAGUAUUUGUUCUGUGCCAGCUUAUGACAGAAUGACAGCGCGGUGGUCAAUCGACGAGCGACAGUCGGCGUUUCUGCCGAGGGAUUGGCAGGACCGGCGGGCAUACAGUGGGCAGGGGUCGCCCGUGUGGCAUGGGGCACAGCCAGCGUACACCCAUGAGGUCGACAACAUCACCAGCACAAUGCGGAGGAUGUCCCUGCAGCCCCGUUCCCGCUCCGUACCUCGCUCACCAUCCCAAGGACCCCUCGUGGUGAAUCGGGUCUACUCUCCGGUGAGGUCUCCGAGCGCCCGGUUUGAUAGGUUGCCGGCCCGAAGGGACGAAGUGUUUGGCCACCCAGCCUACACGCUGCGCCGGUCUCGCAGUGCAAAGCAAUACGACUACUCCGGAGACAGGAGGCUGUCUGGACUGCAGCCAUAUCACUUCACUGCCUCUCGCUCAAUGCAGGACAGAAUGGUUCCAUACCAGGACAGAUUCCAGGAGCCACUGGAGCAUUACAAAGUCGAUGAAGUGGAGAUUGAUAAACUGCUGGGCCGACUUUGUGAGCAGAGCAAGAACCAGCGGGAGCAGGAGAAAUGGGUCCUGCAGCUUCGGAAGGAGAAGGAAUCCCUGGAAAGUGCCUUGGAGAAAACCCAUCGGGAGAUGGAGAUGUACCCUAACCAGCCAGGUUACACUGAGCAACUCGUACAGAAAAAAGAAUCUCUGCAGAAUCAGUUGAUCAACAUUCGUGGGGAGCUCUCGCAAGCAACUACGGCCUUUGCAAACACAAAGAUGGAGUGCGAUGCCCUCAAAAUGGAGCUGUCCAUCAUUCACAAUGACUUAUGGGAGCAGCUGAACAGCCCCAUGGGAAUGCAGGAUGAGGUGGGGCACAAGCACAUUCAGAAGGAGCUGUGGAAAAUCCAAGAUGUCAUGGAGGGACUACGGAAGUCUUAUCCCGACCGAAUUUCAACGGAGCCCCUUAAACAGCAUGUGACAAGUGCCCAAAUGGGCACCUUCAACUCAAACAGUCCUGCCAGCCCUCUGAGCACCACCAGCCUCACCAGUCCACUGAGCCCCUUCUCUCCCAUCUCCGAGUCACAGGUGUCCGCUCAGCAGACAGCAAAGGAGAAGCUGGGUCUUGAGGGAUCCAAGAAGGAAGGGCGUUCGAUGUUGCAGACCAACUCCGAGGGUAGCAAGCAGGACGCAGAAGCUGAGAAACACAACAAAGUAGGUGUUGUUCCUCCAAGGACCAAAUCACCUCCAGAGGAGGUUUCUCCGUCUCCAUCUUCCCUUGCUGUUCGAAGUAAUGAUAAAGUGAUUUACGACUCUCAGGCACGAGAAAAAUCAAAAGGCAGCGGGUACCCCAACGACACAAAAUCCAAGAUGAGUGUGGAGGAACAAGCGGAGCGCAUGAAGCGUCACCAGAAUGGGUCGCUCCGAGGGAACACCAAAAGGCGGAGCCUAACCCUAACGUCGGGUCAGCUGAUGGCUGUGGGCACGAGCAGCCCGAAGCCUAUUGCUCGGAGAGUCACGGUUCCUCGGCGUAAGACCACGGAGAUCGAUAUCUGUCACCUGGAGGCAGCUGUCAGGGGGGAUCACACCGCAAACUACCAGGAGACACCAAGGGAAGAGAUUGCCCGACUCAGGAGGAUGGAUGUGGAGCCAGAGCACUAUUCCGUGGACAUCAACAAGGAGUUGUCCACACCAGACAAAGUCUUCAUUCCAGAGCGAUACAUUGAAAUUGAACCUGAGCUUCCUCUCAGUCCAGAGGAGCUCAAAGAGAAGCAGAAGAAAGUGGAACGAAUCAAAACACUCAUCGCAAAAUCCAGCUUGCAGAACAUCAUCCCCUUAAAUGAAGGGCUGACCGACACCAACCUCGACCCUGAGCUCCAACUCCAGGAGCAGGAGAAGAGGAUCGAGAUUUCCUGUGCUCUGGCCACAGAGGCAUCCAGGCGCAGCCGGCUCUUAUCAGUUCCAGCUUCAAGCGCACCAGGUUCUUCAAACCCACCAUCAUCUCCCAUCUCCUCACUGCCACCUCAGAUUACUGAUGGAAGCCAUUUAAUGUGUGUCUGAAGAACUCAAGCUGUUGCUGCCAUCAAGUAUCACGGGUCGACGUACUGAAGACUAUCAGUCGUACGUUGACACCAUCGACAGGACUGAGUUUCAGACUGAGCAGGAGCCUUUGUCCAAGAGCCACUGACACCCAGCGGAGACCAGAUUGAAUGACUCCUUCAUAUUUAAAGAAGACAACACCUCCCAAUAUUCAUCCAGGAGCUUCUUGUUGUUUUAGUCCUUCACGUGACCUGAUUUUAUUUUGCGUUUGAGCAAUGAAUUCUGAGGAACCUGGGCUACCACUGUAAGAUUGAGGUUUCGACCGGAAGGAAAGUCUAUGAAUGCAUUUUAUACUUUAUAACCGCUCUCAUUAUAUGCUGGGGAAAAUACUUACAUUAAAAAUGAUUAAUACUGUAUUUAUAAAAGUCAUAAGAGGGACCAAGUAUUUUCAUUAGAUUCCUGCUGUAUCUUUGAGAGGAAGAGGGCACGGAGUAGACUGAGGUUCAUUUGGAACUGCACAUUAUUCUGGAAGCUGGUAUGUGCAGCAAAAACAGGCCUGUUCGCUGAUGACAAGCAGAACCCCAAGAGGAAGCUUGUGAGCGAUUAGGGAGGAGAAGUGCCCUAGAUCCCCUGAAGAUAGAUAACUUUAUUUUUUGAAAAAAACAAUUCAUCUCAGUAUCAUCUCCCUUGCCAGUAGGUAUCCAGGAGAAGGAAGUUGGGCAAACUAUCUGACAGGGACUUGAUAGCAGAGCUUGGAGUACCAGGGGAAUGGUCAUUUCAUACAAAGUUGAUGCCCACCAGCACUGACCUUACCAGGGGGCAUGAGGAUAGAGUGAGUGGGUAAUUACUUGUGGCACUGAUCACCGUUUGAGUCCCAUGAUGCCAGUGUGGUUUUCACUGUCAACUAUCCACUGAUGGUUGAAGAAGGAGGGCAGAGAGAUUCCCCCUGCCCUUUCCAGUGAUCGGAGCCAAUCCUGAUCUUGCUUCAGACACUAGACUUGGUUGUAUACCCUGCAUAGCCAGCUGAAGUCCUUCCCCCUCCCGAAGUGUGCAGGCGGGUCAGUAACUGAUGUGCUCAGUGAAAGUGUAGGCGCCUCAUGAAGGUUUUACUGUACACCCAUCUCAAGGAAUAGAUUGAGGCACAGAAACAUAUGUUCAAAGGUCAAGGAUAUUAUUUCCCCAAAAAAACCAAAUACCCUUCUUGACUUUCCUUCUCUUCCAAACCUGUAACUCUUACAGGUGUCAAUCAGCAGAUUCUCUCAGUGAAUAAUUUUCAUUAGAAUAACGCAGAAAUUUGCAAAUAUAUUACCUCCUCGAUCUUUGCUUUCCUAUUAACUUUCUUUUGUUGACUAUUUUGAGAAGCCUAUUUGGGAGAGGCUGCAAGAUAAAAAUGUAGGCUUUGGUAGUCAAGUGUAAACUAGCUCAAUCUUCAUGUCUGUUCGAAAAUGUGGCUGAACCCGUUUUAUCAAUACACGUCAGUGUGCCUUCUCAUUAGCAAUGGCCUCAGCUACUGUGUUGUCAUGGUAGCGAUGGAAAACAAAGUUAAGAGGAAGACUCAAUUUUACAGAGCUUGUGUCAAAUUCAACGAGUACUUGUUGACUGACUGUUGAUGAGCUCUUCUGUGACUUGCUAAAUAGGCUAAGUCCAGUUUGUUUAAUGGGAGAUCUGAACGUAAUAUGAACAGUUGGGUUAAACUGUUGCACGGUAUAACUCUGAACCUUCUCUCUGUACAUAUGUGUUGUAUAAAGAUGAAAAGUUUAUGCCAGAAUUUACAAAGCACUGAGCUUCUCCUUUGCCCAGUCCUGUUGUCAGUUGGCUGUCUUGUCAGUCUGAGGUCACACUGUGUAGCCAUCUGACAUGUGACAACCGACCUGAUAUCUCUCCAUGGAGGCACUGGUUCAGUUGGUUUCAGACUGCUCUCUAUUAAGGCCAGCACUGAUAACAUGAUUGUGACCAGUUAGUUUUUUGCUUAUAAGCUCCUUAAGACAUUUUUCCAUUUAAUUGCUCUCCCACUGCCAUCAAUCCAGAAGAACGUAGAGUUGCCAGAAGUUAGAAAAUGACUGAAUUGGACUCCCUGUGUACUCCACUGUGAAGUUUGCACCCAAUUGGACGCACUCUUUUUGGAAGUUCUCCAACUCUUUGUGGUAGCAAGGAUGGGGAUAAGGAUUGGGGUCAUGUGGAUGAAGAGGAGAAAUUUGGGCAGAAGGUCAAUACUAGAAGCCGCGGCAGAGUUUGCAGCAGGAAAUCCAGUUCUGUUGAAGGCAUUAACUCUGGUGAGCGUCAGGGAUAGUUGGAAUGUGCUUGGGGGAUCUUCUUCAGUCAAGUUGAGGAAUGAAUGUGGUGCAGUUGAGAAUACAUGGCAGUUAUUUAUCAGCUCCGAGUUAAUGUCAGUCUUGUGAUGGUCUUCUAGAAGGUCAGCGCCAUUGAGCAACCUGAUUCUCAUUAAAGAGGGUCUCUCUUGCGAUUGUGGAAGAGGAAUUUUAUAAGGGUUCUCCUUUGUUGUAUAAUGAGUCAAUUCCAGAUGGAGAGGGGAGGUUAUAGGGUGCCAAGCUUUCACUGGGUCAAUACUGAGGUAGCAAAUUAAGUUCUCUUGUUGGAGGAGGGACCUUGUCUCAAGCACAAAAACUUGGCCAACUCUUUGACAAUAAAAUGCUAUUCAGUGUGCUGGCUGUUGGGAUUCAUGAACUAGGAGCAAUGAUUUACAAUCCUAAUGUAAAUAAAUUCUUGUCACCAGGAAUGGAGAGCUGUAACUGCAGUUAUACAUCCAUGCAAAAUUGUUCCAAUGUUUGAUCAUAUCCUGGUGUCAGCACACAUUAGCUUGUUCUUUCAACAGCUGCAGUAUAGCUCCAGUCUCAAUAUAGAGCUACAACAAGUAAAGGGUGACCUACUCGUGACCUGGAUGUUGAAUAAGCUGUGGACAAAGUAAGCAAGAGGUUUCAUUGAUUGGGAGACAUUUGCUUUUCAUCAGAUGAUCUUGCAGCUUGUUUGCUUCACCCAUUGACUUCUGAGUCUUACUCUGAGCAAUCUGGGAAAAGAUUUCCGCUGGGGUCAGAAAUGCCUCGUUUCAUAAAUAAACUUGGUAAAAUUAAAGAAAAAAAA